UCAAACCCAAAAUGGGUGAAAAGCUCAGCCCAUUUGUUUAUUGGGGACAAAAAUCGAAUAUAGUCUCACUAAAAGUGGACUUGAGGGAAGUCAUUGAUCCAAAGGUAGAUAUAACAGAAGAUGGUUUGACAUUUUGCAGUGAAGGACAUGGAGUUCAAGGUCAAAAUAGAUACCAGUUCCAUAUAAACUUUUAUCUUCCAAUAGAUCCAGAGAAUAGUAAAUAUAGGAUUACAGAGAGAGGAAUUGAUUUCCACAUAGCUAAGAGAGGAGCUGAAGUAUGGCCGAGGUUGACUGAAGAUAAAGUCAAAUAUGCCUGGUUAAAGAUAGACUUUGAUAAGGUGUAUUAUGAAGAAUCAGAAGAGGAACCAAAUGAUAAGAUGAGCAAUGAAGAAGAAAUGAUGAAACAGUUAGAAAAGGAAUUGAAGUCAAUAGAAUCAGAUGUUCCAGAUUUUAAAAUAGGUUACCUGUUCUUGUAUAAUUUGUUCCAGUUUGUAGGGUUUACAUAUAUAACUGUUGCCUUGAUAGUCAAGUACACGAGGCUUGGUGAGGCUGCAUUGAAGACUGGAUUUGAUACAGUAGGAACACAAUUAAUGGUAGUGCAAGCUGUAGCUGUCAUGGAAAUUGUUCAUCCUCUGCUGGGCAUUGUCAAAACUAGUGCUAUAGCUCCAUUUUUACAGGUGUUGGGGAGAAAUUUUAGUUUAUUUGUAAUACUUUAUCACGAGCCAAGGUUACAUACAGCACCAGCUGUGUUCUGUCUAUUUUUUGUCUGGAGUGCCAUUGAAUGUUUCAGAUAUCCAUUUUAUAUGUUGUCAACACUAGGUAAAAAGAUUGGUUUUAUAACAUGGCUGAGAUACACAGCAUGGAUUCCUCUGUAUCCAUUAGGAAUAUUAUUAGAAGGUACAGUUGGUAUUAUGGCUAUACCUUUAUAUGAAGAUACCGAGAUGUUUACAUUACAAUUACCUAACUCUGCCAACAUGGCAUUCUAUUUCCCAUAUUUACUACAUGUUUACCUCUUCCUUCUUUUAUUUGGAGGCUACCAGUUGUUGAAUUACAUGUAUAGUCAGAGGAAAAAAGUAAUUGGUGUUGAAAGAAAAAAGAAAUCAGCAUAAAGUAUUGAACAAAGACUUAUUUUUGUGACUUUUGUUGUGAAAACUGUCAGUAUUUGUUUGAAAGCAUGUAAAUCCAGCAUUUAUAGAUCAUUCAUUUUUUUGUUGAAAACAUUUGCAAAAGUCCUGUCAUUUGCAUGUACAGGGUAUUCUUUAAAAUUUAUUUGAAAGAGAAUGCUGUAAAUUUCUAAGCAUUUUAGUUGUUAAUGUGCAGUAAUACAAAGAUUAUGUUUUUUUAAAUUAACAUGUUUAUGCAGAAAACUUAGAAGAUAUUCUCAUUUGUGCAAGUUUGGAUAGACAUUAUUCAUAUAUGAACAUAAUUAUGGAAUGUUUUUAUCAUAAUUCAUAUUUUGUGUGAAAGUUACUUAAUUUGGUGUAAUCUGCAUGAAUGUGAUAUAUGUGACAGAAUUUUAAUUGUUGUUCAAGUGUUGAAACCUUGUUUAUUUGAUAAGAUGAGCAUGGGAAUAUGAUUGCCCAUUAGAGAUAGGUAUUUUUACAGUAUAAUGAUUUUGUUGAAUUUGUAAACUAUGUGAUCAUAUAUAUAUCUUUGACACAAUAAAUUUGAUGAAACAUUUUGAA